AUGGACCCGGGACGCAGAGCUAUGAUGCUCACAGGGCGCAGGUCCCCAAGUCGCAGAGACCGCGAACGAGAAAGGAGCAUCACAUCUCCCCGACGCGACUCCAACACUCGCAUCUCAAAGCCCAAUAACCCUCCCCCGUCGUCGAGACCACGACAAAACCACAACACGAACUCGAGCUAUAUGACCCAGGAUGAGCAGUCUCGGCAGUUUGUUGCCGAUGAGGACAAAUUUGUUCUGAAACAGGCUAAGAAGAAGUCGGACAUUCGAGUACGGGAAGGCCGAGCCAAGCCCAUUGAUCUGCUUGCAUUCAAUCUACGCUUUAUCGAUACCGACCGGGACGUCUUUGACGAUGAUGAUGUCGACCUGCACAUCAACGUGCCCUCUCCAGAGGAGGUUCUGCAGGGUCUUGACGAAUCACAGCUGAAGGAGCUAGAUUCUGACAUCACGUCCUACCACACUCUAGAGACGAACAGCCGCAACCGCGAAUACUGGAAAUCGCUGCAAACCAUCUGUGCCGAUAGGCGGCAGAAGUUGAAACCACAAGGGCCGGACGCUCGGGUGGUCAGCACAGUGUCAGAAGAUGUCGACAAGAUCUUGCGUCCCAAAACGUACGAGCAGCUUGAGGCUCUCGAAUCUCAAAUUAAGGCGAAGCUACGGUCCAAUGACGAUAUCGAUGUUGAUUACUGGGAGCAGCUUCUCCGCAGCCUGCUCGUAUGGAAAGCCAAGGCAAAGCUCAAGAGGGUGUGUGAUGCAAUCAGCGAGAGCAAGGCCGAGAUGCUCAAGCUGCAGGAUCCAGAAAAGGUAAAGGCAUUGGGACAGCAGGCCUCUCAGACCCAGUCUAUUUCUGGACCUGCAGCAGCCAAAAACCUGUCAUCUGAGCUCGGGAGGACCGAAACAAAGGCUGUAUCUGUUUCAUCUGGAUUACAGGGCGGCGCACCCCCUGGAACCGCUCGCUUUGCACAGGCUGGCAACGAAGACUUCUCCCAGGCUACGAAAGCCCUCUAUGACCGUGAGGUCGCGCGUGGUAUCAACGAGGAUGAAGAGAUUUUUACCGCGGAGGAAGCCGUCCCAAGUGUCUCGAAACCGCAGUGGGCAGACAAGUAUCGUCCGCGAAAACCAAAAUACUUCAACCGCGUCCAGAUGGGAUACGAAUGGAACAAGUACAACCAGACACAUUACGACCACGAUAACCCACCGCCCAAGGUGGUUCAGGGCUACAAAUUCAACAUCUUUUAUCCAGAGCUCAUCGACAAGACAAAGGCGCCCACCUUCAAGAUUAUUCGAGAACAUGGAAGAAGAAGGGGAGAGUCCUUUGCAGCUGCAGGGGAGGAGGACACGUGCCUUAUUCGUUUUAUUGCAGGCCCCCCUUACGAGGACAUCGCGUUUAGAAUCGUAGAUCGCGAGUGGGACUACAGCGCAAAGAAGGAUCGCGGUUUCAAGAGCUCUUUCGACAAGGGUAUCUUGCAGCUUCACUUUCAAUUCAAAAAGAUCUUUUAUCGAAAGUAA